CAACUACCAUGUCUUCUCCUCAAAAUGCUGCCAAAUUUGCUACCGCCGAGCACCCCACCGUUGCUGGUGGUGAGAAGCACAUCGCCCACGUCCCAGCGGCCAUAAUUCCCCACCAAAGACACAGGGAGGCGCUCAAGCUCAGGUUGGACCUCAACCUCGAGGUCGAGAUCCAGAUUCAAGCCAAGGUCCACGGCGACAUCACGCUCUCUCUCCUCGACUGAGUGUUCAGUACGGGAUAGAGGCGGGGAUUAGACCGAGUGGUUGGGUUAUUGGAACUUUGAUCAAGAAGUCUAUUAGCCACAGAAAAAGACAGUUAUAAUACCUUUUGCUAUCCCCUUAACAUUAUUUUAGCAAGGGCUUGUGUUCUAUUCGUCACUAGUUUCUGUUCCAUUUAUCUGACACUAAGUAUCUAUGAAAAUG